CUAUUGUCUGCGUACCUGCAGGAAGAACUGUGUGAGAUGCGGCAACUGCAGAGGCUUGACCUCAGCAAAAAUGUACUCAUCUUCCUGCCCCAGGCCAUUGGCCGUCUAGAGAAGCUGCGACAGCUGGAUCUGUUCAGCAACCGCCUCUCCUCGCUGCCCCUGAGCUUUAGUCAGUUGGCGCAGCUGAAGUGGCUAGACCUCAAGAACAACAUGUUAGAUUCGCAGAUCGCCGGUGUGGCGGGUACCUGUGUGGAUGAGCGCGAGUGCGAGGAAUGUGCUACCAAUGUUGUGAGAUUCAUCAAGACGAAGGCGGCAGAAGCAGAGCGGGCGCGUCAGGAGAACAUCAUGCGAGAAAAGCGAGCAUUGGAGCUACAGCGAGAGCUCACUGAGAAGGAGAAUGCUGAGCGCCGGCGACAGAAGCAGGAGUUGAAGCAGAGGCGACGGGAAGAGAGGGAAGCGGAGCUUCGACAGAGGAAAGUCGAUACUGGCGAGCAAGAAAAGUCCAACGACCCGUAUCUGGAACGGUCGCAGAGCGCAAGCAAGGAAAGGCAUGCUGAACAGCAAGGAUCAUGCAGCUGUCUACUGUGGAUACUCAUGUUGUUUGUGGUGCUACUCGCGGCGCUUGGCGGGGCAUACGCGUUUUACUGCAUGCCCGACGAUCGAGUGUGCCGCGAACAGCUCACAAAGUACUCGCAACAGGGGACAGAAUUCAUGGACAGGUUUGUUGAACAGUUGAAGCUAUCCAUUGAAAGCUUGAAGCGGAAGUUAACGUAACAACAUAGGUACUAGGCUGCAGGACAAGUCGGCACAACUUAGUGCUUCUUGAUUGAAUUUUUACUCCACUCUACUUUUUUUGUCAAUAGGUUUUUGUUCUCGUCCCGCGUUCCAUGGCAUUGCGCCUCCCGUUACUCUUCAUGCUGGUACUCCUUGCUUGUAUGCUGAUCUACGCUUCUGGUAAGCCCUGGCAUAGUUACUGACUCACUCAGUGCCCUUCCGCUGCCUGAUAACAUGGCAGCUGGUGUACGAUCAGCUGUCAGGUGGCAGCACAGUGCACCCGGGCACAAAAGCAGGCAUUGAAGGCAUCCGUGUUAUGAUUUGAUUUAUUUUGAUUUAUUUAGAAAUUUUCUCCUGCUGUGCAGAUAUGGCGUAUAUCCGCCGCCCCUUCA